UUGUGCCAUCUGACAUUAGGAUUUUAAAUCAUGAAACGUUUGUUGGUGUCGAAGCGGUAAAAAGCUUACAAACAGGAUCAUAAUCGAGUUUCUUUUGGCUGCAAAAAAGGAAUAUAACCUGGAUUGACUUGUAAUUUUGUAUACAAUUAUUGAAUAAUCUUCGUCGGUAUGUCUCUAGCUGAUGAAUUGCUGGCCGAUCUGGAAGAUGAUAACGAUGAAACCGACGAGCUGCAGGAUGUCAAGGAGGAACCUCACGAAGCGGACGGUGCUCAGGCAUUUUCCGGUGGCGAGGAAGAUGCCAUCAUUAUGGACGUGAAGGAUGAACCGAUGGAGGUUGAUGUGAAGGUGGCGUCUAUUCGAGAAAUAUGUAAACUACGUGAUUCUGAACGACUGUCAAAGGUUUUGUCCCAGAUUGUCAAGUUCGCUAAGAAUCCUCGCAAGUCAUCUGAAAUGGUUGGUAACGUAGAAUCCGACCCGGAGUAUCAGUUGAUAGUGGAAGCCAAUAACAUUGCUGUGGAAGUGGACAAUGAAAUAUCAACCAUACACAAAUUUGUAAAAGACAAGUAUCAAAAGCGGUUCCCAGAAUUAGAUUCGCUGAUUAUGGUCGAGAUGGAUUUUAUACGAAGUGUCCGGGAACUUGGAAAUGAUCUGGAUCAAGCAAAGAACAAUGAGCGGCUUCAAGAGAUUUUAACACAGGCUACUAUAAUGAUAGUGUCUGUUACGGCUUCUACUACUCAGGGAACUCGCCUUGAAUCCCAUGAACUGAAGCAGAUUUAUGAGGCUUGCGACAUGGCCGUAGAGUUAAGCAACUUUAAAAGUCAAAUCUUCGAUUAUGUCGAGAGCAGGAUGACCUUCAUUGCUCCAAAUUUAUCAAUGAUCGUUGGUGCCUCCACUGCUGCAAAGCUGGUAGGGUUGGCCGGUGGAUUGACUAAACUCUCAAAAAUGCCCGCAUGUAACGUUUUGGUACUAGGAGCACAGAAGAAAACACUGUCUGGAUUUUCCAAAGUAGCCAUGUUACCACACACUGGCUACGUGUAUUAUUCAGAUAUCGUACAAGACACUCCACCGGAUUUGCGCAGAAAAGCUGCACGGUUAGUAGCUGCGAAAAGCACAUUAGCUGCCCGAGUUGAUGCUUGUCACGAAAGCCACAGCGGAACAAUCGGCCAACGGUUUCGAGAAGACAUCGAAAAAAAGCUAGACAAACUUCAAGAGCCACCGCCUGUGAAAUUCAUCAAGCCCCUUCCCAAACCGAUUGAAGGUGGCAAAAAGAAACGCGGAGGCAAAAGGGUGCGAAAAAUGAAGGAACGUUAUGCCAUUACCGAGUUCCGCAAACAAGCUAAUCGUAUGAAUUUUGGAGAUAUUGACGAGGAUGCAUACCAGGACGAUUUGGGAUACACUCGCGGUACAAUCGGCAAAACAGGAACAGGACGCAUUCGUUUGCCUCAGAUAGACGAGAAGACCAAAGUUCGUAUUAGUAAAACUCUGCAGAAGAACCUUCAGAAGCAACAGCAAGUUUGGGGUGGCAGUACUACUGUUAAGAAACAAAUUUCCGGAACAGCCUCCAGCGUGGCGUUUACUCCGCUGCAAGGCUUGGAAAUCGUCAACCCUCAAGCUGCCGAGAAACCGGUGAGCGAGAGCUCUGCGAAAUAUUUUUCAAACACUUCUGGUUUUCUCUCGGUUGGUAAGAAAACAACGUGAAACGGCUUUCGGAUUCCAGUGGAACAUAUGUGUUGAUUGGAAUAAUCUAAUAAAUUUGAUUCAUUUAGUUUAAUAUGACAAACCAUUGAGUUGCUCUGUUUCAAAUACAUUACAAAACUUAUUACAAAUAGAAGGUGGUUUGAUAUUGAAGUCGUUAUCGUCAUUGAAAACAAUAGUAAACGAAUCAAAUUCGAUUAAAACUUAAACUGUCGCGAAAACACACACACUGAGUUUAUGCUAUUGAGCGCUCGGAUCAGCUUCACUUAUGCUGAACUGCCUCUUAACUGCAACAAUAAAAGAGAUUCCAUUACAUUUGUUUCGAUAGCAAAACAAUAAAGAAAUAAAUUAUGUUAAUCCGUAAAUUGAGCUUUUAGAAUGAAUCGAAAUAUGAUACGCGUUUCUAUCAGAUGGAAAUGCAGUUAUCACAUACAAUUGAAGCGAUGAUUAGGCAGGAAGGAUACUGUACAUUUCAGCUUUUAUAUUUCCCUUAUUUACAGGAUAUUCUUACCAGUCAACUUUCGGUUGAGAUUUUCGUUCAGAACUUCCAUGAACGUUGGCGAUAGAGUUGAAUCCCUCUCAAACAUAGUUACACGCUUGUCACUCUUUCUGAUACUACCGGUUGGCUUUAGUAUAGAUGUAGUCUGCUUGGGUGAGGGAAUAGGGGAACUUCGUAACGAUACUGAAAGUAUAAAUGUAUGGAAAUGCUUGAAGUAAUCUAGUUAUAUAGUAAAAACCGUAGUGGAAUUAUAUUAUUGUUUUUACUUUCGGUGCGUGACACACUUACUCAACGUAAAAAUUGCUUCGCCUCAUUUCUAUAUGACCCACAUUUCAUGUAAACCAUAGUGUUGGAUGAAAUAAAUAAAUGAAUAAAUCAGUAA